CGGAGGCAGCCGGGUCGCGCUCGCGGCUCCCAUUCCGCUUCCCUCAGUGAAUGGUCGCGGCGGGAGCAGGAGCGGGGGCAGGGCGAGCCCGGCGGGGCGCGGGCCGGCGGCGGCGGCGGAGCGGGCCCCAGGAGCCGCCCGGAGCGGGCAGCGCCCGGCGGAGGUGUUGCCAGAGUUCUGAAGUGGUUGACCUAAGUGGUUGAUCUAAAGACUUGGAACGUAGGUGUGUGAUGUCCAUCUAGUGGGCAGUCUUUGGGGCCAUUCCCGCAGCCUGGAGCGUCAUGUGCCAGUAUGACUAUUAAGAGAGGAAAGUGCACUUCAGAGCUCAGCAUCCAAGAGAGAAAAAAAGAGGAACUAAACAGAGAGAACAAAUGACCACACUGCUUGGAAAACUUUGGGCCGUUAACUUUUUCUCCUGAGAAAUUUUGUCUUAGCGGUUGUGAGAGAGCUGAAAAAGCAGAGCAACAGCAGUGAUUUUCUUAGAGGUUUUUUUUUUCUUUUUUAAUUUAAUUUUUUCCUCUUGUGCCUAAAUUUAAAACUAUCAGCUGCACUGAUCACAAGCACUGGACAUCAAUAUGUGUCAUGUCAUUGUAACGUGCCGGUCAAUGCUAUGGACACUCCUGAGUAUUGUCGUGGCUUUUGCAGAGCUCAUCGCUUUCAUGAGUGCAGAUUGGCUGAUUGGCAAAGCCAAGCCCUUGAGCUCUGAGGACAUGGACAACAGAACAGGGGGGUCACAGGAACCCUACCACCCGACGCUGGGCAUCUACGGGCGUUGCACCAGGAUCUCCCACAUGCAGGUUUCUAGACGAGACACGCUUUGUGGUCCUUACGCCGAAAACUUCAGUGAGAUUGCCAGUGGGUUCUGGCAGGCUACCGCUAUUUUCCUGGCUGUGGGAAUCAUGAUUCUCUGCGCCGUGGCGUUUGUGUCCGUCUUUACUAUGUGUGUGCAGAGUAUUAUGAAGAAAAGUAUUUUUAAUGUCUGUGGGCUGCUACAAGGGAUUGCAGGCCUCUUCCUUAUCUUAGGCUUGAUACUUUACCCUGCAGGUUGGGGAUGCCAGAAAGCAAUAAGCUAUUGUGGACAUUAUGCUUCCGCUUACAAACUGGGAGACUGCUCGCUGGGCUGGGCUUUCUACACCGCUAUCGGUGGCACUGUGCUGACGUUCAUCUGUGCAGUCUUCUCGGCACAAGCUGAAAUUGCCACAUCCAGCGACAAAGUACAAGAAGAAAUAGAAGAAGGGAAAAACCUUAUCUGCCUCCUCUAACUACAGUGGGAGAAGUACCAGUGCCUGGAUCUCAGUCUGCUGCCCCGUGGCUCGACAGCAGAGUCUCUUCCCUGUUUCCACCACUUGUGUGAUUGAGCCCCAUGCAUUCCAGCCCCGAACUACUGAUACAGUCUUUCUUCCUUGCUGGGCAAUGAGGAGCAGAGAAAGGAUCCCAAGAAAAAAGAAUGUAAAUACUUGGGAAUUUUUUAGUUUCAUUGUAUUAUCAGGACUGAGUGGAAUAUAUUAAUCCGAAGGGGGGGAGGGAUGAGGAAACAUUUGUAUAUAGCAGGAACGUUGUUAUGUAACUGACAAAUUCUGAUUGAUCCGAUUGCCUUACCCACCUUAGUCACUCUGAAGAAUUUGGAUUUAAAAUAAUAAAAGCCAGCAUAUUUUUCUUAUAUAUAAAAAAGCCUAUUUUAAUUAGGUUUUGUUUCCAAGGGCUACCCUCAUGUAUGAGUAAUUCAACACCACCUGCUUUGGUACCGUACUUUUCAUUGAGGUGCUUUUUUGAUACUGAACUUCCUUAAAGUACAGUGCCUUCUUGAAUGUUAAGUAUAUAAUGCACAGAGAAGAGGUGACAUGAUGCAGUUUAUACCUAUCUUUAAGAGUUGAAGUUGAAUCCCUGCCAUAUUUCUUUGUCUUGAACAUUACAGUGCAAAAUAUGUGCCACUUGUUACAUAGCAGGUAAAAUAUUUUGGUUUCAUUGAAUAGGCAGAGAAGCUGUUGUUAGACUGGCUUAUACCUGUGUGUGAUAAAAACUAGCAGUUAUUCUUUUAGCGCACAUUGGGCAAAAUAUUUAUACAGCAAUUGUGCCUUUAUUAGAAACUCCUGGAAUCCCAAGCAGAUAACUCCACAGCACAGCUGGGCAUUAUCUGGUGAAUGCCAACAGCGCGGCCUGGGCUUCAGCCUCCUCUACAGAUGUGGAUCACAUGUUGGACUUCUUUAAUGGUAUUAUUCUUUCUCUUGCCAGUAAAACCCUCAUUCCUAGUCUACAGACCAAUAUGUCUAAUCUCCUGGAGCCAGCUGAGUGUUUAAUACAUUUACGUCUUUCAGGAAGCCAUGCCAAAUUCUAAAUGGCUAGGAAGAUCUUUUCCCAUUUUUUUCUAACUACAUGUACUAUGGACCUUUUUCCAACUAAAUCAGCAGAAAACAAACUGAGCUGGCCACAGUGACAUUCCUUUCUCAAAGGCAGACAGUUGUAUUGCUUGUGGAGUCUCAUCACUUACUAGAACUACUUCUGAAAACAAAAUUAAAAGGUAUUAAUAAAAGAACUGUGGCAUAGAAGCAUAGGGGAGAAUUCAUCUGACAAGCAAUUCUAAUGAAAUGUUAAGCGCAUCUUAGACUCUUUCUUAGUGGUCAGCAACAUUUAACCCCUCCUGCUGACAGUGCUCCCUCUCCAUCUGGUCACUGCAUAAUACGGAACAUGCAUUCUGGUUUGUGCCUGGUAAGUCUGUUAAUGUGUGCCAUAAGCUAUUAUAGGUAUUAAAAGUGUUGUUACUGUACAGGUAGAUAGUUCACAUCUGUCUACUUCUCUGCUCCCCCCACCCCCAAAAUCAUUCGUGAUACCAGACCUGUUCAGCAGUUGCUGCUGCAAGCCAAGGGCUGGGCUUGAGCCGUCCCUGCGGGCUGUUGUGCGUGCGGAUGCUGCUGCUGCCGGCGCUGCUCCCAGAGGGAUGCGCAGCGGGUCUGAGAGCUACUAUUCAAAAACUACAGUCAACCUCUGGUGUUAUUAAAAAGGUAUUGCUUUAAUCUCUUCUUGUAUUAACCUGUUUCUCUAGCCCACUUUCACCCUAUUCCAUAUUUUUAAAUGUGUAAUUCACUUCUCUCUCUCUCUUUCAAGUAUUUAAUCAAAAAAACCUUCCCAAAGUUGUGGUCUGGAACCAAUCAUGCCAAAUAGCUGCACAAAGCCAGAUUUAUUUUAACAAACCAAAACCACUAGUACAAAGUGGUGUCUGAGGACAAAAAAAAAAAAAAAAAAAAAAAAAGGCACUCAGCAUAUGCUCUCCAUACCUGUGCUUUCCUCACUGGGGGUUUUUUGUAGACACAGACCCAUACCCUUGGCAGGGCGCUGUUGCUGUGAAGUGACAGCGCUGCACGGGAAGGCCAGCGCAGCGGUGGCGGGUCGCUGCGCCCUGGCCGCGCUGCUCCGGAGCCCCUGCCGGGGCGUGCAGCCGGGUGCCCCCGCGCACCACCGCUGCAGAAGAGCUGCUAGGAGGAGUAAGAGUAGCGUAGAAUUGGGUGCAAAUUAAUCACCAAAUAGGUUGAUUGUUUUAGCUUUUCUUAGGUGGGUAGCAGUCCAAUGUCUACGUUGCCACUGCCGAUAAAUUCUGACACUAUAUUAGUGUGACAAAUGCUGCUUUGGCUUGACCACUUGAUUAGGCGGAAUAAGGUCAGUUUUUCCAGACUGUAUAGGGGGCAUAUACUGCUUUCGCUUGAAAGUAAACAAUGAACAACUUGCUUACUUAUAUAUAUAAACUAGCUGACCUCCGCUAUGAUCUCCAGAGAGCAUAAAAAUUUUAAUAUUGGAGUUUUUAAGUACAAACAAAGUAUUUUCAGUGGACUACUUUGCUUUUGUUUGCAUUUGUAACCA